UGGAGGAAAAUGUAGAACCAGAGGGUGAAACAGAGGAGACAGUGGAGGAGGAGGAGGCAGAGAUGGAGGAUACAGUUGAGGAGGAGGUAGGAGAAACAGAAGAUGUCGAAGAGGAAGAGGAGAAAGAAGCUGUACAACCAGAAGAGGAAGAAGAGGUGCCAGUUGAGGAUGGACAGGAGGAGGAAGAAGAAGAAAGUUAGUUGGAUGUAAAAACAUGAAUAUAACCGGUCAGUAAUGGUUCAGGAGAGAUAAAGAAGAACAUGAAUGGAGCCAGAAAGGCUUCGACAGUUUGUGGUACGACUGUCAUGGAAGAGGAUGAAGAGCUGAAGACGCCCUUCUUGCUCUGACCACUUUAUCAUGUGACCCUCUCAACUGAAGGCCAGCGUAUGCUCGACUACAGACGUCUUAAACAACCUUCACAGCUCACAGAGAAAACAUUAAAGACGGACAGCACGGCACCGGACACAGAUACAAAAACCCGACUGGAGCAUACGCCUUCCUGAACAGCCAGAUUGUUGAUCAAAUGGUAGUGAUAGAAAGACCAGAGUCUUCAUCACAGAGUAUCUGUACAUCCAUCACUGCCGUAGGGAAUAAACUGGGGGAUAAUAAAAUAGGGGGUGGGGACCUGUUUUAUCGACCUUUUGUAGCUCCUGAAAAUCUAAAAGAACUUGAAAUACAUACAUGCAAAUAAGUGCUACCCAUUAUCUCUCUGUCAUCUUGUUUAUGAGGAAGAUACCACCACACACACACACACACAGACACACACACACAUACCGACCAACAACUGUUAGAAGAAUGUCUACCUUCCUCUGUUUGUCAGAAAAGAGAAAAAAAAAAUGCAAAAAGUCUGGAAAGUGUAGUCUGUCGUCUUAUAUUUGCUACAAAGACUUUCCACUUGUGAAGGGGAUGCUGACAAGACCUUUGGGCUCUGGUCUUGGAACAGUUUAACCUCCUCACAUACUAACCUUAAAGCAACAAUGCUGGAUUUCUGAAUAAUAUCUGGACUGUUUUGUCAGGGUGGAAACAUUCGCAGUCCGGCUCGAAAGGCUGACCUGUUGUACGUGUCGAUGUCGGUUCAUGUUUUAAAAAACAAAACAAACCAUCAAACAAAAAAAAAAAACACCCAGUAUUCAUCCCAUCACCACAGUUUCACCACUCCCAGACUGUGAGUUUGAUUCCCGGAUGAAAUUGUGCCAAAACUGUCCCAUGACCAGCACUGAGCAAUUCAGCCUUCCUUCGAACAAGGUGGCUACUCGUCCGCGAAGCAAUGAACUGUGGGACCAGGGUAAUGGGUGUGAUGGUCUUCCACAAAUCCCAUUUUUGUUUUGUUUUUGUAAAAAUGUUAUUUGGCACUUUAUCUAACACCCCUGUUACAUAUAUGUACAUAAUAAACAUGUAU